AUGGCAGACGCCGAAGACGUUCGGCCUCUCGUUGUUGAUAAUCGAUUUGGCAUGGUCAAGGUUGGUUUUGCUGGAGAUGAUGCUCCAAGGGUUGUCUUCCCCGGUAAGGUUGGUCGAUCGAGGCACCCCGCUCACAUGGUUAGUAUGGGCCACAGGGUUGCUUAUGUUGGAGUUGAGGCCCAAUCUAAAAGGGGCAGACUUACUUUGAAGUACCCUAUAGAGAGUGGAAUUGACAGCAAUUGGGAUGAUAUGGAAACGAUAUGGCAUCGCACGUUCUACAUUGAGCUACGCGGGGCUCCCGAAGAACAUCCGAUGCUCCUUAUUUAA